AUGUCACUCCACCCGCAACAGUUGGUACACAACAUCUCCCUGCGCGACCCAGAAGGCUUCUGGUCUCGCCAGGCCGAACAACUGUACUGGCAUAAACCGCCAUCACGUGCCAUCAAUCAGCAAACGAAAACAACUCCCAAUGGCUCCAGUCAUUCUCACUGGAGCUGGUUCCCGGACGGAGAGAUCUCGACCACCUACAACUGUGUCGAUCGGCAUGUCCAUUCGGGAAAUGGAGAUAAUAUUGCUAUCAUCUGGGAGUCCCCGGUGACGGGGACGAAGGAGAAAUAUACAUACAAACAGCUAUUGGACGAAGUCGAAGUUCUAGCAGGCGUGCUCAGGGAAGAGGGUGUGCGAAAGGGCGACGUCGUCAUUAUCUACAUGCCUAUGAUUCCUGCGGCACUCAUUGCUGCUUUGGCGAUCGCACGCUUAGGUGCUAUUCAUGCCGCAGUCUUUGGCGGUUUUGCAGCCAAGUCGCUCGCACAACGCAUCGAAGCGGCCAAGCCACGCGUCGUCAUGACGGCGUCGUGCGGUAUCGAAGGGUCGAAAGGUCCUAUCUCCUACCGACCGUUGGUUGAGGGUGCUAUCGUGCUGAGUCGAUUCAAGCCAGAGAAAGUGAUCGUGUGGCAGAGGGAUCAGCUGCGAUGGAACAACCCCGAUAAGUUAGGUGGACAACGUAACUGGCAACGACUGGUAAAAAGCGCACGCAUGCGUGGCAUCAGGGCCGAGCCGGUACCCGUGAAGAGCACAGAUGGACUCUAUAUCAUCUAUACUAGUGGCACCACGGGCUCUCCCACAGGCGUGUUUCGCGAGGCCGGUGGGCAUGCAGUAGGACUCCAGCUGUCAAUGAAACACCUAUUCGAUAUACAAGGCCCGGGAGAUGUCAUCUUCUGCGCCUCUGACAUUGGAUGGGUGGUCGGUCAUUCAUACAUCUUGUAUGGGCCACUCUUGGUCGGAGCAACGACAAUCCUUUUCGAAGGAAAACCGGUGGGAACGCCGGACGCGGGCACCUUCUGGCGGAUUAUCGAAGAGCAUAAGGCCCAUGUGUUGUUCACGGCACCCACAGCCAUGCGGGCCAUCCGCAAGGAUGAUCCCAAUAAUCGCUGCUUUAAAGAGGUGGCCCAGCGAGGCGGUCUCAAACACUUUCGCGCACUGUUUCUUGCGGGAGAAAGGAGUGAACCCAGCAUUGUCCAAGCCUACCAAGAACUUCUGAGCCAAUAUGCUGCUCCCGGUGCAAAGGUGGUGGACAAUUGGUGGUCAUCAGAGUCAGGAUCUCCCAUAUCUGGCUUGGCACUAAGAAGCGCUGCGGCAAUGGAGCCGUCCUCGCGCCAUACUGACGCAGUGAAGCCAUUGGCCAUUCGACCAGGCUCUGCAGGUCUGCCCAUGCCUGGAUUUGACGUGCGCGUAGUCAAUGACGAGGGAAAACCGUUGCCUCCGGGCACGAUGGGGAAUAUUGUCCUGGGCAUUCCACUGGCGCCCACCGCAUUCACGCAACUUUUCAACGACGACGAUCGAUUUUACCGGAGUUAUCUACGUAGAUUCAAGGGACAAUGGCUCGACACCGGAGACGCAGGGAUGAUCGAUAAAGACGGAUAUAUACAUAUCAUGGCACGAUCCGACGACAUCAUCAACGUUGCGGCGCAUCGCUUCAGUACGGGUAAGUCUCGACGCGCCAUCGAGCAAGCAAUCCUCUCGCACCCGCAAAUUGGCGAAGCCAGCGUGGUUGGCCUCCCGGACCCGCUGAAGGGCCACCUCCCGUUCGCGUUCAUUCAGCCACGGACCGCGACCGGGCCCAUCCCCGCGAAACCUGCAGCGGAAUUGUUCCAGGAGGUGAACGGGCUGGUGCGCGACCAGAUCGGGGCAAUCGCGUCCCUGGGAGGCAUGAUCCAGGGCCGGGGAAUGAUCCCGAAGACGCGCAGUGGGAAGACGCUACGCCGGGUGCUGCGGGAGCUGGUUGAGCAUGCAGUGCGCGGGGAGUACGAGGCGCCGGUGAAUGUGCCGCCGACGGUGGAAGAUGCCGAGGUUGUGGAUGAGGCACGACGACGGGUGCGGGAGUACUUUGAGCGGCAGGAACGGGCGAAGCUGUAA